AUGUUGAUUGCCAUGCUGGUCAGUUGGGUGAGAGAGGGGAGACCCAUUUACCCCAGUAUGGAGGAAGGGCAACACAUUGCAUACAUUUCAGACGUCGGAGCACAGCACUUGAAACCGCUGUUCGUCGGAGGCAGCGUGGUUACAGUCGUUUUCCUCGAUUUAGCAUUCCUUGCAGAGCGAUGGCUUCGCCACUCCAAACAACUCGCCGCGAAUAAGGGUAGAUUGGACAAGGCCUGCGCCGUGCUAUCGAUUCUAUUCGCCAUUGCCGGCGCAGCCGGUCUGAUUCUACUCUCUGUUUUCGAUACACUGCGCCACCCGAAGAUGCACGAUGGAUUUCUCGGCAUGUUCCUUGCGGGCUAUAUCGUUAGUGCCAUUUUCAUUUGCGCCGAGUACUUCCGCAUCGGAAUCUUCUAUCGCCGCGAGCACCGGAUCUUGCUAGUCAGCUUCUUCAUCAAGCUCGCCUUCAUCGUCAUCGAAGUUGGACUCGCUAUCGGUUUCGGUGUGUGCAUGGGUAGCAAGGAUGCGUGGAAGCAGAACCCUGGCGCGGUGCUCGAGUGGGCAAUUGCUUUCGUCUUCACUGGCUACGUUCUCUCCUUUGUGGUCGAUCUACUGCCCUCCGUGCGGACCCGCAACCACGUGCCCCAGGGCGAGAAGUACUUGAUGAGCCCGAAUGGCUUCCGCCGAGGCACUGAGGCUGUCUCUAUCGAAGAGCCUCUGACCCAUGACUCGGGGGGCCCGAUCACUGGCUUCUACCGUGGCCAGCGGGUCUGA